AUGUCUUCGCAGUCUGAAGAUGACGAGUUGCCAUUCGAUAUUGAUGAAGUGAUGGCUGCCAAACGUAAUAAUCCUGGUAUGUUUGUCAGUGCUUGGCAGGCAGAUGAAAAUGAUAUUAGUUUAUGGACAAAUGAUCAAAUAAAAGGUGAUCCAAAGAAACAAUUUAUUGUCGCAGCAGAAAACAAUGAUCUAUCUACUAUCCAUCGCCUUAUUGAGUCAGCUAAGCAAAAAGAUGCUGAAGGAGUGGUGGAGUUAAAAGAAUUGUUAUCGGCUAAAGAUCAAGAUGGCUAUACGGCAUUGCAUCGUGCAGCAUAUGGAGGACAUGUAGAAGUUUUACAGUGUCUAAUGAAAUACGGAGCAAACAUAAACAAUAGAACAGAAGAUGGAUGGACACCACUACACAGUGCCGCAUUCUGGAAUAAAUUAUCUUGUGUUCAAUUACUUAUUGCAGCUGGUGCAGAUUUAAAUGCUCUUACAAAUAGUGGACAAACCGCUUUACAUUUAGCUGUUUCAAACAACCAAGGACCCGAGACAUUAUAUUUAUUAAUGGCUCAACCUGGUGCACCGGUUUACGGCGUACGCAAUAAGUUAGGCGAUGAAGUAGCUGAUAUUAUCAAAAGAAAUACACCUUAUGGGGACGUUUGUUAUGCAUUCAGUGAACCAGCAACUAAUUUGUUGUGA